AAAACAACUUGUUGAUUCUCUUGUUGAUAUGCUUAGUGAAGGAAAGCGUCAGAAAGAGACUAUUAAUGCUGAUACUCAACUUUUUGAUUCAAAUACUCUUGGUCAGACACCUGAUGGAUCUGCUAUUUCUACUUAUCAAUCUAUUUUAUCUCUUGCAUCAGAUAUGAAUCAACCAGAAUUAGUAUAUAAAUUCAUGCAAUUAGCUAGUUAUAAUGCUAUGUGGCAAUCACGAAAGGGUGCUGCAUUUGGGUUUUCAUUUAUCAUUGCAAAAGCAAAGAAGGAAUUAGAACCUUAUUUGAAAGAUUUAAUACCUCGAUUAUAUCGAUUUCAAUAUGAUCCUAAUACCAAAGUAAAUGAUGCUAUGAGUAGUAUUUGGAAAGCUUUAGUAAAAGAAUCUAAAAAAGCAAUUGAAGAAUACUUUGAUGUAAUUGUCAAAGAUUUACUUAAAGGUCUUGGAGAUC